AAGUAAAUUCAUGCUAGUGGGUCCAAUAUGAAGGUUCAAAAGCAAAUACUCUACGAGAAGAGUACCGGGCACCAAACACGCUAUCACAGAUCUUAUCAAGGCAGACUUAGAAAUUCUCCAAAUACCAUGUCCUCCCCGGAAAAGUAUCGAACUGGCGGAAGAUGGUAUAAUCAAGUUUGGGUGGCAAACAACAAGUGAUAGCGCGCUUCACAGAAGGAUGCGACAGAUAGUAGAACGACAUGAUAGCUCUUCCCAGAAGGUUCUCAGGAGUAAAUGUUCCAUGUAAGUUAUAGUUCUCAGAAACCUGACCAUGACAUUAUUCGAAGAGUUAGUUUACAUAUUCCUCGACGAGCUUAGGUCAAGCUUUAACGCAGUAUCUCAGCCCGCUUCUUCCAUCGGGUCGAUCACUGAGUUCCAGGCUCCGGAACGUCUCGCGGAGAUCACCCCCAACGCCAUUGACAUCCAGCCCGAAGACUCGGAAAACUUCUGACUCUGCCGAUGAUAUUUCCAAUGUGAUUUCCCCAAUGCAGCCCAUAUCUCAUAGAUCGCGGUUUUAUCCUCCAGAGUCUCCAAAAAAAGACAGGCAUGAUACACAGGGGGUGUAUCAACAUAGCAGUCCGUUGGUCAAAAUGAAUGACCAAAGCUUGCGUCAUUUAGAUGAUUCUCUGCAGCGUCUGCGCAGUCUCAGCGAUAGUCUACAGGGUAGCGGUGAUAAGGUAUGCCUCUAUGAUACCCGAUGGCUUUGCAUUCUAUAAAG